AUGAAUCCCUUCCUUGUGAUGUCUCUUCUCUUUGGCUUGGUUUUUGGCCAAACAGCAUCACUUUGUGCUCCUUCGGAGUAUACAAUCCAUGUGGAGAAAAGGGAAUGUGCCUACUGCCUGGCCAUCAACACGACCAUCUGCGCUGGAUUUUGCAUGACUCGGGACAGCAAUGGCAAGAAGCUGCUACUCAAAAGUGCUCUGUCCCAGAACGUGUGCACAUACAAAGAGAUGUUGUAUCAAACAGUGCUGAUUCCGGGCUGCCCUCAUCACACCAUCCCUUACUAUUCCUACCCUGUCGCUGUGAGCUGCAAGUGUGGUAAAUGUAACACUGAUUAUAGUGACUGUGUUCAUGAGAAGGUUAGGACAAACUAUUGCACUAAACCACAGAAGCUCUGUAACAUGUAA